GUGAAAAUGACAGCCCAGAGGCCAUGUGUGGAUGCUCAGCUGUCCUCCAUACCCAAGGCUAACCUUAACUCAGAAAACAAGCCAGGGUCUGCAAAAGAAGAGGCAGCGGUGCACCUUCUUCCUCGGUCGUCCCACAUCCGGGUUCCUCCGACACCAGCUGGCUCCACCAUGCCGAGCAAGUUCGACCCCACCGAGGUCAAAAUCACGUAUCUGAGGUACACUGGAGGCGACGUCAGCACCCACAUCUGCCUUGGCCUCCCAAAUCAUCAUCUGGGUCUGUCUCCAAAAAAGGUUGGUGAUGACACUGCCAAGGCCACUGGUGACUGGAAAGGUCUCAGGGUUACAGUGAAACUGACCAUCCAGGACAGACAGGCCCAGGCUGAGGUGGUGCCCUCUGCCUCUGCCCUGGUCAUCAAAGCCCUCAAGGAGCCACCACGAGACAGAAACAAGCAGAACACCACCAUUUUGGGUGAGACUGUCAUCACUGUCUGGCAGACCCUGGGUACCACCGCACAGUCUGUGCUGCAGUGCAGAUGGCUGCCACCCUCAUGA